CGGGUGAGGACACUUCCGGGGCGGGGCUUCGCCUCAGUGGUGCAAUGAAGGGAUGAGGGAGAAACAAAAGGAGCCGAGAAGCCCAAAAGGACGGAGGUGCUGCUCCCAUGGCGUUUGGGGAAAGAGCAGCGCAGGAUCCGGCACAUCGAAACCUUCUUGAACUGCAUCACAGAAGGAUGAAGUGGAGAUAGCGGCGAAUCGGUCCUCUUCCUCUGGUGAUGACGGACUUGGGGAGCCAUGAUUCCGGUCACCGAGUUGCGCUACUUCGCCGACACCCAGCCGGCUUACCGCAUCCUGAAGCCCUGGUGGGACGUCUUCACGGACUACAUCUCCAUCGUGAUGCUGAUGAUUGCCGUCUUCGGUGGGACGCUGCAGGUCACUCAGGACAAAAUGAUCUGCCUGCCCUGCAAAUGGGUCACCAAAGACGCCUGCAACGACUCCUCCCGCGACUGGGUGCCCGCCAAACCGGACCUGGGAUACUCUAACUCCUCCCUUGCCGUCUCGGCCGACUCCGGGCCGAUGGGGAUCAAGUAUGACCUGGACCGGCACCAGUACAAUUACGUGGACGCGGUCUGCUACGAGAACCGCCUCCACUGGUUUGCCAAGUACUUCCCUUACCUUGUGCUGCUCCAUACCUUGAUCUUCUUGGCCUGCAGCAACUUCUGGUUCAAAUUCCCCCGGACCAGCUCCAAACUGGAGCACUUUGUCUCCAUCCUGUUGAAGUGCUUUGACUCUCCUUGGACGACGAGGGCUCUGUCGGAGACGGUGGUGGAGGAGAGCGACCCCAAGCCGGCCUUUGGGAAGAUGAACGGCUCCAUGGACAAGAAGGCCUCCACCGUCAGCGAAGAUGUGGAAGCCACGGCACCCAUGUUGCAACGGACCAAGUCCCGGAUUGAGCAGGGCAUCGUUGACCGGACGGAGAAUGGCGUCCUGGACAAGAAGGAAGGGGAGCAGGCCAAGGCCCUCUUCGAGAAAGUCAAGAAGUUCCGGACACACGUGGAGGAAGGGGACAUCGUCUACCGCCUCUACAUGCGGCAAACCAUCAUCAAGGUGAUCAAGUUCAUCCUCAUCAUUUGCUACACUGUCUACUAUGUAAACAACAUCACCUUCGACAUUGACUGCAAGGUGGACAUCGAGAGCUUGACCGGCUACCGCAUGUACCGCUGUGCUCACCCUUUGGCUACCCUUUUCAAGAUCCUUGCCUCCUUCUACAUCAGCUUGGUGAUCUUCUAUGGCCUGAUCUGCAUGUAUACUCUCUGGUGGAUGCUCCGGCGGUCGCUCAAGAAGUACUCCUUUGAGUCCAUCCGAGAAGAGAGCAGCUAUAGCGACAUCCCCGAUGUCAAGAACGACUUUGCCUUCAUGCUCCACCUCAUCGAUCAGUAUGACCCUCUGUACUCCAAGCGCUUCGCCGUCUUCCUCUCCGAAGUGAGUGAGAACAAACUCCGGCAGCUGAACCUCAACAACGAGUGGACGCUGGAGAAGCUGCGGCAGAGGAUCACCAAGAACUCCCAGGACAAGCUGGAGCUGCACCUCUUCAUGCUCAGCGGCAUCCCAGACACUGUCUUUGACCUCAUUGAGCUGGAGGUCUUGAAGCUGGAGCUCAUCCCAGAUGUCACCAUCCCGCCAAGCAUUGCCCAGCUGACCAGCCUCAAAGAGUUAUGGCUGUACCACACAGCGGCCAAGAUUGAGGCCCCAGCGUUGGCCUUCUUGCGGGAGAACCUCAAGUCCCUGCACAUCAAGUUCACUGACAUCAAGGAGAUCCCGCUGUGGAUCUACAGCCUGAAGACGCUGGAGGAGCUCCACCUGACGGGGAACCUGAGCGCUGAAAACAAUCGCUACAUCGUCAUUGACGGCUUGCGGGAGUUGAAGCGACUCAAGGUCCUGCGGCUAAAGAGCAACCUGACCAAGCUGCCCCAGGUGGUUACGGACGUUGGGGUCCACCUCCAGAAGCUCUCCAUCAACAACGAAGGCACCAAACUGAUCGUGCUCAACAGCCUGAAGAAGAUGGCCAACCUGACAGAGCUGGAGCUCAUUCGCUGUGACCUGGAGCGCAUCCCGCACUCCAUCUUCAGCCUCCACAACCUGCAGGAGAUCGACCUCAAGGACAACAACCUCAAAACCAUUGAGGAGAUCAUCAGCUUCCAGCACCUCCACCGCCUCACCUGCCUCAAGCUCUGGUACAACCACAUUGCCUACAUCCCCAUGCAGAUCGGCAACCUCACCAACCUGGAGCGCCUCUACCUGAACCGCAACAAGAUCGAGAAGAUCCCUACCCAGCUCUUCUACUGCCGCAAGCUGCGCUACUUGGACCUCAGCCACAACCUCCUGACCGCCAUCCCGGCUGACAUUGGGAUGCUCCAGAACCUGCAGAACCUGGCCGUGACGGCAAACCGGAUCGAGGCCCUGCCGGCGGAGCUCUUCCAGUGCCGCAAGCUGCGGACGCUGCACCUGGGCAACAACGUGCUGCAGUGCCUGCCCUCCCGGGUGGGGGAGCUGGCCAGCCUCUCACAGAUCGAGCUGCGGGGCAACCGCCUGGAGGGGCUCCCCGUGGAGCUGGGCGACUGCCCCCUCCUCAAGCGCAGCGGCCUGGUGGUGGAGGAGGACCUCUUCAACACCCUCCCAUUGGAAGUCAAGGAGCGGCUCUGGAGGGCCGACAAAGAACAGGCCUGAGGCCGAAGGGGGGGCGACAAGGACCCCGGAUGGACGGACGGAUCAAGGGAUGAACCCGGAGCAGGAUGAGGAGUGAAGCGGAGCACUGGGGGUAACUUCCUGUUUCUCCCUUUCCCCCCUGGAAUCGCUCUCCCGCGAAUGUUUCGGAAGCAAAUGGGAUCGAGUUCUGUGUCCCUUCGGAUUGAAGAACAACCAGAUAUGUGUAGGAGAAGAAACAGUUGUUCUGCUUCUUCUCAUCCAGAAGCUCCCAUUUUGUAAUUGGAAUAACGUGGAACUGCCAGGAAUGUUUCGGAAGCAGGGCGGAUCAAGGUGUUACCUUCCUUCAGAUUGAAGGACCCGCCAAAGAAUGAAAGCCGAUGCGGCCAUAUCCUGGCGGUCCUUCCACAUGACCCGAUAUCUACGAGAAACCGUCGUUCUGCUUCUUCUCACCCAAAAGCUCCCCCUUUGUAUUUGGAAUGGCCAGGAAUGUUUUGGAAGCAGGUGGAUUCGAGGAGUUGCCUUCCUUCAGAAUGAACGACCUGCCAAAGAAUGAAAGUGGAUGCGGUCAUAUUCUGGCGGUCCUUCCAAACGACCAGACAUCUACAAGAAGCUCCUUCUUCCCUUCCCCUGUCUUGCAGAUGAAAGAGCCAAGAACUGUCCAGAACGUUUCGGAAGCAAUCGGAAGAGCCCGGAACUGUGGAAUGUCUCGGAAGCAGGUCAGAUCGAGGUUUGCCUUCCUUCAGAUUGAAGAACCCGCCAAAGAAUGAAAGUGGAUGCAGCUGUAUUCUGGCGAUCCUUCCAAACAACCAGAUAUCUACGAGAAGCUUCUCCUUCUCUUACCCUAUAUUGCAAAUGGAAGAGCUAGGAACUGUCCAGAACGUUUCGGAAGCAACCAGAAGAGCCAGGAACUGUAGCAUGUCUGGGAAGCAGGUCGGAUUGAGGGUUGCCUUCUUUCAAAUUGAAGGACCCGCCAAAGAAUGAAAGCGGAUGCGGCCGUAUUCUGGUGGUCCUUCCAAACAACCAGAUACCUACGAGAAGCUUCUUCUUCUCUUCCCCUAUCUUGCAAAUGGAAGAGCUAGGAACUGUCUGGAACAUUUCGGAAGCAGGUCGGACUGAGAGGUUGCCUUCUUUCAGAUCGAAGGACCCUCCAAAGAAUGAAAGCAGAUGCGGUCAUAUUCUGUUAGUCCAUCUAAAUAACCAGAUAUCUACGAGAAGCUCCUUCUUCUCUUCUCCUAUCUUGCAAAGUGAAGAGCUAGGAACUGUCUGGAACAUUUCGGAAGCAGGUCAGACUGAGAGGUUGCCUUCUUUCAGAUCGAAGGACCCUCCAAAGAAUGAAAGCAGAUGCGGUCAUAUUCUGGCGGUCCAUCCAAAUAACCAGAUAUCUAUGAGAAGCUUCUUCUCUUCCUCCAUCUUGCAAAUGGAAGAGCCAGGAGCUGUCUGGAACGUUUUGGAAGCAGUUGGAAGAGCCAGGAACUGUCUGGAACAUUUUGGAAGCAGGUCGGACUGAGAGGUUGCCUUCUUUCAGAUUGAAGGACUCUCUGAAGAAUGAAAGCGGAUGCAGUCAUAUCCUGGCGGUCCUUCCAAAUGACCGGAUAUCUACGAUUGUCUUCUUCUCCUCACCCAGAAGCUCUCAUUUUGGAAGAGCCAGGAACUGUCUGGAAUGUUUCGGAAGCAGGUCGGACUGAGAGGUUGCCUUCUUUCAGAUCGAAGGACUCUCCGAAGAAUGAAAGCGGAUGCGGUCAUAUCCUGGCGGUCCUUCCAAAUGUCUGGAUAUCUACGAGAAACCGAUUGUCUUGCUUCUUCUCACCCAGAAGCUCCCAUUUUGGAAGAGCCAGGAACUGUCUGGAACGUUUCAGAAGCAGGUCGGACUGAGAGGUUGCCUUCUUUCAGAUCGAAGGACUCUCCGAAGAAUGAAAGCGGAUGCGGUCAUAUCCUGGCGGUCCUUCCAAAUGACCGGAUAUCUACGAGAAACCGAUUGCCCUGCUUCUUCUCACCCAGAAGCUCCCAUUUUGGAAGAGCCAGGAACUCUCUGGGAUUGGGAGUUGCCUUCUUUCAGAUGGAAGGACCCACCAAAAAAUAAUGGCGAGUUUUCCGUAAGCAGGUGUGAAUGAGUUCCUUCCAAUCGGAGGAAGAUGAAGAAGCGGCGGACGACCAGACAUCGAGAACGGACGGGCGUUUUGCUUUUUUGUUGUGGCUGCUGUUGCAAAUCGGAACAGCCUGGAACGUUCUGGGGUUGUGUUCCUCUGGAUCGAAGGGUGCCUCUGUUGCAUCCGGGGCGAGGUGGCCAUUUUGGACAGGAAGUCGGACAGGAAGCGAGUUUGAGAAUUGCACACGGCGAGGGGCGGGCCUUCCCUUUCUCCCCCAUCCCUUUGCUGCACAAUCAAUCAAUCACUGACCUUUUCGGACGCAGAGGGAAACCCCCUCCUCCCUCGGAUGCCAAACGGACCUCCUUUUGUGUUCUAUUAUGCAGAAAUACGGACCUUUUUGUGUUACGUCUCCCCCUGCUAUGAGAUUAGGAUCAAUUCCCAAGGCUUUCUUAUCAAUUACGUCCUUGGGGUCGUGUUUCCGGGGGGACUGGGAAGCCGAAACGUAAUGGGAAUCGUGGGUUUGAUAUUUAAAAUUGCCUUUGUGUUCCUCUCAGGGCUAUCUAUUUGAAACACAGCCGUCUCUGACAAUAAUACGUCAUGUAAGGAAACACUACGAAAGAUAAGAGCUUUAUUAUGCUUAUAAUGCCAUUAAAUAUUCUGAUUUUUGUGUUAAAAAUCAGGGAUUUGGGUCUUUUUGAGGGUCUCUGCCUCCCUUCGCUCCCGAAUCACCCUCCAGUAUUAAAGGAAAGGACCGGGAAGGCCGCUUUCUUGGAAACGAGGGAAACAAAUAGGACAUUUGCACUACUCUUUGACUCGCCGGGAGGUUGUUUCUAAUUGCAGAUUUUAGCCCUCCCGUCUAGGAAACCACAGAGAUUUCGUUAUCUGGUGCCUUUUUGGAGGGCGAAGCGAGGCAUUUAAAUCUGCAAAAAAAAAGGAAAAAAGAGAGAAAUAAAACCCUCACAAAUGUCACUUUCUUGCUUUUUAUAUUCCUUUCUUUGUGCGCAAUAGCAAAAGCCGGGAAACAAAUACAAACCCAUGUAAACCAGGCUCUGGUAAUGGUCAGUGUUUCAAUAAAGCUUCGUGGAAAUCCCUCGGAAAA